AUGGCAUCCCCGAUCAAGCCUUACAAGAUCGAGGUUCCCGACUCGCAGAUCGAAGAGUUGCACUCCAAGCUCGACCUCGCCAAGUUCCCACCGGCCUUUGGGCUCACCGACAGCUGGGACUACGGCACUCCAGUCUCCGAGGUCGAGAGGCUUGUUCAUCGCUGGCGCAACGGCUACGACUGGCGGGCUGCCGAGACCAGGCUGAACGAGUUUCCCCAAUUCACGACGACGAUCUCGGUCGACGGCUUUGGCGACCUGGAAAUUCACUUCCUGCAUCAGAAGAGCAAGCAACCCGGAGCUGUCCCCUUGCUUUUCGCCCAUGGCUGGCCCGGCAGCUUCCUCGAGGUCCUGAAGAUCCUGCCGCUGCUGACGACGGAGAAGAAUGGCCUCUCAUUCGACGUCGUCGCGCCUUCACUUCCCAACUUUGGCUUUUCCGAAGGUCCCGAGAAGCCGGGCUUCCGCUUGCCUCAGUAUGCUGAGGUCAUGCACAAGGUUAUGCUGAAGCUCGGUUAUGAGCAAUACGUCACUCAAGGAGGUGAUUGGGGUUUCAGCAUCACCCGCUUCAUGGGCCUUCUGUACCCGGACCACGUCUUGGCCUCACACAUCAACAUGGUCGCGGCAUCCCCGCCAUCGCUGUUGAAGAACCCGUGGCAGUACCUCAAGAGCCUGGUUCCCUACACCGAGAAAGAAAACAAAGGUGUUGAGCGAAGCCGGUGGUUCCGCCAGGAAGGCUCCGGCUACAACCUCGAGCAGGCGACCAAGCCCUCGACACUGGGCUUGGCAUGGGCCGACUCCCCUGUUGCGCUGUUGUCGUGGAUCCUGGAGAAGCUGCAUGACUGGACUGACAGCUACCCGUGGACCGACGACGAGAUCCUGACGUGGAUCUCCAUCUACCAGUUCUCCAGGGCCGGCCCCGAAGCAAGCGCGAGGAUAUACUAUGAAGUGAACCACCCCAACAGGCCGACGGAACAAAUGAAGUGGAUUCCACGCGUGAAGCUCGGAGUGUCCAUCUUCCCCAUGGACUUGUUUGUACCGCCCAUGAGCCAUGCCAAGACGCUUGGUCCCGUUGUCUUCGCGGUUUCGCAUGGGGACGGUGGCCACUUCGCCGCGCACGAGAGACCCGAGAUUCUAGUCAAGGACCUGAGGGAGAUGUUCAGCAAAGGUGGUGGCGCACACGAUGUUGCGGAAAAACUGUCCAAGAAUAGCCUUGUGGCAAAAUUGUAG